AUGACGGUCUCAUUCCAUAAAUAUGGAGAAUACUUCCCCGGGACCGGCGAACUGCGUGACAUUGGUGUCGGCGCAGGGAAGUAUUAUUCUGUCAACUUCCCUCUCAGAGAUGGCAUAGAUGACGUUUCCUAUAAAGGCAUCUUUGAACCAGUUAUCAAACAUGUUAUGGAAUGGUACCGCCCAGAGGCUGUCGUCCUUCAGUGUGGUGGUGAUAGUUUGUCUGGUGACCGUCUGGGAUGUUUCAACUUGAGUAUGCGCGGCCAUGCAAACUGCGUUAAAUACGUCAAAAGCUUCAACCUCCCUACAUUAAUCCUGGGAGGUGGAGGUUACACAAUGAGAAACGUUGCUCGAACAUGGGCAUAUGAAACUGGCGUGCUUGUUGGAAAUCAGCUUCCAACAGAGCUUCCAUAUAACGACUAUUAUGAAUACUUUUCUCCUGACUAUGAAUUGGAUGUUCGGCCAUCGAACAUGGACAAUGCCAACUCCAAGGAGUACCUGGAAAAGAUUCGAAUGCAAGUUGUUGAAAAUCUGCGGCGCACUACAUUUGCUCCAUCAGUUCAAAUGACAGAUGUUCCAAGGGACCCAUUAGUUGAUGGUAUGGAUGACGAAGCGGAUGCUAUCCUAGAUGACCUUGAUGAAGAUGAGAAUAAGGAUAAGAGAUAUACAAAACGACGAUUUGACAAUUACGUCGAAAAGGAUGGCGAACUAAGCGAGAGUGAAGAUGAAGAAUCUGCAGCUGCAAACGGUGUCCGUCGUCAGCCGAAUAGAGAAAGGAGGCGAGGGAAUAUCAAUUACCGUCACCUGGAUGGGGACUCCACUAUAGAUAGUGGGAUUGUCACUCCUCGAGACGAGUCAUCCAUGCCGGAGGAGGAGCCUGAGCAGGCUGAUAAGAUGGACGAAGCAGAAAAUGCAGAACCUCCUGCCAAGCCCUCUCCUCCUGCAGUUGAACCGUUAACCAAGCCAGAUUCAUUAAUGGAGGAUGAUGAUACUCCAGUUGCCGAAACCAACGGUGCCGCUCAAGAGGUCGAGGAGAAAGAGCCUACUGUUUCCACACCUGCCUCGAACUUAGAAGUCCCUCAUGACAAUGUUGACGGGGACACCACCAUGGAAGACGCUGAUGUUAAUAUGGACGAAACUAUCGAGCUAGAACUUCCAGCCGAAGAACAAGAGGAAGAAUCUGCUGCAAAGGCUCCUGCACGGGAGACGACACCCCCCAAACCCACGGCGGCUGAAGAAACUAAAUCGAAUGCUUCUGGGGUAGAAAACGCUGCUACAGAGCCUACGCAGGUAACUUUUACCACGGAAGUCAAGGAAACAAAGCCUGAUACUGAUGCGUCUAAGGAGGCUCCAAAAGAGAAAGAGUAA